CAGGAGCGCUGUUCACACCCGCACGCUUCGUCAGUAAAACUCUUGUCCUUCGGGAGUGUGUUUUUAACACCUCUGAGCGACAAAAGUUGUGCGGACGAAGUGCCAGUGUGGACAUAGGCUGAGUCUGCCGGGGACAGGGCCUGGUUCCGAUCCUGCUGCCGGGAUCCCCCUCCCGCGCUGCCCCCGCUCCCCGACUCCCUCUGCCCUCAUUGGCUUGGGGCUGGCAGCUGCGGGCUCAGCGCUGAGCAAGCACAGAGAAAAAGAGAAGUUGUCGCAGAGGCGUGUAGGAUGCGGAGGAACUGAAAGCACAUGGGGAUCCUGGGCCCCACGUCCCGCUGCCCUGACACCCGCCAGAGCCCGGCUCCCCCUUCCCCUGCCAGGAUGCUGCUCCCUUUGCUGCUUCUCUGCUGGGAAUGGGGGGCCCGGGCUGCGUCUGUCACCCUGCGGCUGCUCCAGAUCAAUGUCUUCCACAACGCCAGCUCCACGGACAUGGAGGGGAUGGCCCUGCUGGGCGACCUGGAGACCCACUCCAUGGACUGCAGCGCCUGCCAGAUCCGCUUCCUGCAGCCCUGGGCCCAGCGGGGCCUGACCCCGAAGCAGUGGCAGGACCUGGAGCUGCUGAUCCAUCGCUACCUGUUCAACUUCAACCGUACUGUGAACAGGAUAGCUCAGCAGCAGGGAAUGGGCUACCCCUUCGUUACCCAGGGCUCCCUCGGCUGCGAGCUGCACCCCAACGGCACCUCGAGGGCAUUCGAUGACACCGGAGUGAAUGGGGAGGACUUCAUCAGCUUCGAUGCGGACGCAGGCACCUGGGUCGCUCGGCAGGGGGACAAGCUGGCGCUCUACGCCCGGGACCUUCUCAACCAGGAUAAGGGCACAGCCAUCACGCUUCAGUUUCUCCUGAGAACGACGUGUGUCAGUCAGAUCAAGAGCUUUGUCCAGCAUGGGAACGAGUCUCUGGAGAGGCAAGAGCGGCCGGUCGCCGUGGUGUUUGCCCGAGCGCCUCCCCCAGCCGGGACCCCCGCGCCGUUACUGCUGGUUUGCCGGGUCACCGGUUUCUACCCCCGGCCCGUCCGCGUGGCCUGGCUGCAGGACGGGGAGGAGGUGGCGCCGGGCGGGCGGCUGAGCUCCAGCGGGAUCCUGCCCAACGCGGACCUCACCUACCAGCUGCGCAGCUCCCUGGCCGUGGAGCCGGGCGACGGGCACAGCUACGCCUGCUGGGUGGAGCACAGCAGCCUGGGGGGCCAGAGCCUGCUGAUCCCCUGGGAGCAGAGCAGGGGCUGGGGCCCCGGCCUGGCCGUGGGCAUCACCCUGGGGGCUCUGGCCGUAGCCGCCGUGGCCGUGGUGCUGUGGCGGAGCAGACGCAGGGGCUACCAGGAUGUUAGACCAGGGGAGUCCAGGGCCUGAGGGCGGCACCGGCCCAGGCAUGGGCAUCGGCCCGUCUCCUGGGGACAUGGACCUUGGGGCUGGAUCCGUGCCUGGCUCCAGGGCUGAGGGCCCCGAGGGCAGGACUGGAUCGGGGCCCUGGGAGGUCUGAAGAACUGGGUUUUUUACCCACGAAAGCUUAUGUCCAAAUAAAUCUGUUAGUCUUUAAGGUG